AUGAAUUUAUUGGAGAAAUUUGAUAAAUUAAAUAAUAGAUUAACAAGUUUAUUAGAAGAAAAUAAAGAACUUAAACAACAUUAUAAAAAUCUUCAAGAGCAACAUCAGGAAUUAAAAGAAAAACUUGAUGAAAGUGAUUAUAAAAAUCUUCAAGAAGAAAAUGAGGAUUUAAAACAACGUAUUCUAAAUCAAGAAAAACAAAAAACAAAUUUAUUAAGAGAAAAUGAAAGGCUUAACCAACAAUGUAAAAAUCUUCAAGGAGAAAAUAUGGAUUUAAAACAACGUAUUUUAAAUCAAGAAAAACAAAAAACAAAUUUAUUAGGAGAAAUUGAAAUGCUUAAACAACAAUAUAAAAAUCUUCAAGAUAAAUUUAACGAAAUAGAUUAUAAAAAUCUUCAAGAAGAGAAUAAAAAAUUAAAAGAAAAUUUUAACAAGAAAGAAAAACAAUUUCAACAACAUAUUAUAAAUUUAGAAAAACAAAAAAAUGAACAACUUGAAAUAUUUUCUCAAAAUUUGGAAAAAGCCUUGGGAAAGUUGGAAUUGGAUGAAUUAAAUGAAGUUAAUGAAAAUGAUAUUAAAAAUUCUAAAAAUUCUAAAGAAAAUGAAAAUGAUAUGAAAAAUUCUAAAAAUUCUAAAGAAAAUGAAAAUGAUAUUAAGAAUUCUAAAAAUUCUAAAGAAAAAAAUAAGCCUACAAUAUUUCCUUUAAUUGAUGAUGAUAUUAAAGACAAGGAAUUUAUCCAACAUAUUGAUGAUCCCUCUGGCUCUGUUCCAUUUUCAUCUGAAGAUAAAAGUAAUCGAUCAGAAAAUGAACACUCAAGGGGUUCUUCUAACGAAAGAGACAAUAUCAAAGUCGUGGUUGGACUAGACUUUGGAACAACUUAUUCUGGAUUCUCUUAUUGCCAUACUGCUGAACCGAAAAAUAUUAUUACAAAUAAUCAAUGGCCUGAUAUAAUGGGGUAUUUGAAAACAAAUACAGUACUUCAAUAUGAUUCUAAAUUUAUAAAUGUUGAAACGUGGGGAUAUCCUGCACUAGCUAGACGACCAAGUCGAAAAAAUCAAAGGGAAAAGAAUGAAAGUGAAACAAGACCAGUCGAAUUAUUUAAAUUGCAUUUAACUUGUAAUAAGAAACCUUACCUUCCAAGGGAAUUAUGCUAUAAAAAGGCUAUUACUGACUAUCUUAGAAAAAUUGGAGAGGUAAUCAAAGAGACAAUUGAUGUACGCUUGUCAUCACCUGCCGAUUUCUUUCGACAUGUAUUAUUGGUUAUUACUAUUCCUGCAGAAUAUUCAAACAAAGAAAUAGCUAUUAUGAGAGAUUGUGUUUUUAAUGCAGGAUUGAUUGGAGAAAAAUACUCAAGAAAUUUACGAUUUAUUACAGAACCUGAAGCAGUAGCAAUUAAUUGCUUGAAUGAUAUGGGAAAAGAUAACAUACUAACAAUAGGAUCAAAUUUCAUGAUAGUUGACUGUGGUGGUGGUACUGUGAAAUUACCGAACGUGCUGGAGAUUUCUGUGGAAGUACAUUUAUUGAUAAAGAAUUUAUCAAUUUUUUACGUAAAAAACUUGGAAGAAUUCUGCGAAAUUACAAAAUUUCCUUUCACAGGAAACAGAGAAGAUUAUGGGUAUGAGCUAGAUAUUGAAGAUUUUCCAAUUCUAUUAGAAUAUAUCAGUGAGGAAACCAAAGAUGAAUUGGAAAAAACUGAAUUUCUUAUUAAAAUCGAUUGUGAUGCUAUAAAAGCAAUGUUUGAUCCUGUUAUCAGUAGAAUUAUUAGUUUGAUACAUUCACAACUUGAUAGCAUUCAAGAAGAAUGCUCUGCAAUUUUUUUAGCUGGAGGUUUUAGUGAAUCAAAAUAUUUACAAAAAAGGAUUGAACAAGAAUUUCAACAUGUAGUAAAAAAUAUCCGUGUACCUACGCGUCCUAUUGCAGCAAUUUCACGUGGAGCUGUAAUGUAUGGAUUAUCUUUAAAAAAAGGCAAUGUUAUUUCUACAAGAAUCCUUAAAUAUACUUACGGUAUUGAAGUAGUAAAUUACUGGAUGGACGGAGAUCCAAUCAGUAGAAAACUUCAUAAUGGACGCAUUGUUAGAUUUCAUUGUUUAGCUAGACGUGGUACUCAGGUUGAAACAAAUGAAACAGUUAAAACAUUUUUUACACCACUUUCUCCUCUCCAAACCAGAAUAAGUUUUAAUAUAUUUUUUACUAAAGAAUAUAAUGCAAAAUAUUGCGAUGAACCUGGUAUGCGGUUUUUGGGAAAACUUGUUGUUAAUCUUCCUGGUUCAGGCCUCCUUGAUAGGCUAUUAUUUGAGUUUACCUUUGGACAAAUGGAGAUUACUGUCAAUGUAAAGAAUGAAACUGAUGGACAAAGAUAUAUUACCACUUUUAAAUUGGAAGCUGAUUAG